AUGGAUAUUCGAUAUGAUGACGAUGAUUCUAGAUAUUACCAAAAGACUCUUGAGAUAUUGAAUGGUACUCCUAACGACCAAAGGAAAGAGUAUCGUGAUACCUGGGGUCAAACAUUAUUACAUUAUGCUGCAAGGUCAGGGAACAGAGGUAUCUUUGCAGCAGGGAAUGGUUUGUUCAACUCUGAGUGGGAAAGUCUCUUGCGAGAAUUUAAAGACCCUGGUGCGAUUAGAUUAAGUGAUGAAGAGGGCCGUUCCGCGCUCUCUUGGGCUGCAGAAACGCAGAAUCUUGUUGCCAUAAGAAUGUUACUCCGCCCUCGGAGAGCAACCGGCAAUUUCUCCAAACAGAGGAUGCCUAAUAUUGGGCGGUCUUUAUAUCACGAGGGCCGGGAAAUAUACGCGAAUGAUCUGGAUAAUGACGGUCAAAUGCCGUUAUUUCACCUCCUGCUUCGCCGAAAUUUUGGUCCUCAAAAUCACCAUAGAUCCUCGCGAAAUGGGGAUCUUUCUACCACUAUCCGAGGAGAUUAUCUGCUUCCUAUGAAGCAUCUGAUAUGGAAUCCGGAAAUCUGGGGAAUGAAAGGUGAUUCGCCGUUUUCCGAAGAAAUUGGAAGAAGUUCCCAAGGACCGUCAUGGCAAUCCGACUAUUUUGACAAAGAUUAUUUGAAUGGAAAAGGUCGCGACGGCCGCUCAUUACUCUCACACGCAGUGGGCCAAGGGGACUUUCACUUCGUCCGUACUCUGCUCAAGGUUGAGGGGAUCGAUGUUAGAUUGGCAGAUGACAAUGGAACCACUCCGCUGAUGCAUGCUAUUCAAAGGAGAGACAAGAGAAUAGUGGAUCUGCUGAACUCGUGCCCUCUACAAGACCCUCUGGACCUUCCUCACGCUUUGAUCGGCCCAAACGAUGAUUCAGUCGUUGAGAGUCUGGAAUGGGCAUUCCAAACGGGAGUCAUCGACAAUAAAAGUAGUGGCGAAGCUGUGCUCCAGCAUGCGUUAAACUUGAAACAUCUCCCUGCUGUCAAAGAAAGCCUCAAAUUUGGUGUAUCACCACGAAAGACUUUUAAAUAUAGAAGUGAUUGGUUCGAGCUCAUAAAGGAUAGUGCGACGCAGCCAAAAUAUCUCAUUGUGGCAGAAACAGAAAUGCAGGACAAGAAAGAAUAUAGUCUUGAUUUUCCGGAUGAUGAUCGACAGACGAGCCACCAUCGCUCACUUUAG